CACGGAUCGGAGGAGCUGGGGGCGGAGCCCGAGGAGGAAGGCUGCAACGACGAGGAAGAGGACGCGGCUCGGGCGAUGGAACGCGCGCGGGCGGGGGCGUUAGCCGGCUCUCCGGUUACCAGGUUUUAAGGAGUUACCAGUUGCUCAGAGAUGAUAAACAGCCUGAAUGUAUUUUUGUAUUUCUUUGCAUAUUGUGCAUCAGUUCAUGAUCAGGUGGUGCCAGCAGGAAGUUCUUCAUCCAGAGUCAUAGUACACGUGGAUCUGGAUUGCUUUUAUGCACAAGUAGAAAUGAUCUCAAACCCGGAACUAAGGGGCAAACCUUUAGGGGUUCAGCAGAAAUCUUUGGUGGUUACCUGCAACUACGAAGCUAGGGAACUUGGAGUAAAGAAACUUAUGAGUGUUAGAGAUGCAAAAGAAAAGUGUCCACAGCUGGUGUUAGUGAAUGGAGAAGACUUGACUCGUUACAGAGAGAUGUCAUAUAAGGUUACAGAUUUGCUGGAGGAAUUUAGUCCAGUUGUUGAGAGGCUUGGAUUUGAUGAAAAUUUUGUGGAUAUAACAGAAACGGUUGAGAAGAGACUACAGCAGCUUCAAAGUGAUGAACUUCCAGCACUGACUGUGUCGGGUCACGUGUACAACGAUCAGUCUAUAAACCUGCAUGACAUCCUGCACAGGAGACUGCUUGUCGGGUCUCAGGUGGCAGCAGAGAUGCGGGAAGCCAUGCGUGACCAGCUGGGUCUCACCGGCUGUGCUGGAGUGGCUUCCAAUAAGUUACUGGCAAAAUUAGUUUCUGGCGUCUUUAAACCAAAUCAACAAACAGUCUUAUUGCCUGAAAGUUCUCAAGACCUCAUUCACAGUCUGAAACACAUAAAAGAAAUGCCUGGUAUUGGCUAUAAAACUGCCAAACGCCUUGAGGCACUGGGUGUCAGCAGUGUGCCUGAUCUCCAAACCUUUCCAUCCAAAAUACUAGAAAAGGAAUUAGGAAUUUCAGUUGCUCAGCGUAUCCAGAAGCUCAGUUUUGGAGAGGAUAACUCUCCUGUAACACCAUCAGGACUACCUCAGUCCUUUAGUGAAGAAGAUUCAUUUAAAAAAUGUUCAUCGGAAGUUGAAGCUAAAAGUAAGAUUGAAGAACUACUUGCUAGUCUUUUGAACAGAGUAUGCCAAGAUGGAAGGAAGCCACAUACAGUGAGAUUAACAAUCCGCCGGUAUUCAUCUGAGAAGCACUAUAACCGCGAGAGCCGCCAGUGCCCCAUUCCGCCCCACAUAAUUCAGAAGUUAGGGGCAGGUACUUAUGAUGCGAUGACCCCAAUGGUUGAUAUAAUCAUGAAACUUUUUCGAAACAUGGUGAAUGUGAAGAUGCCAUUUCAUCUAACCCUUUUAAAUGUGUGCUUCUGCAACCUUAAAGCAGUAAACACUGCUAAGAAAGGGACUAUCGAUUAUUACUUAACACCGUCAUUAUCAACAACGACACACUCCGGCAAGCGCAGUUUUAAAAUGAAAGAUACUCAUAUGGAGGAUUUUUCCAAAGACAAAGAAACAAAUUGGAAUUUUCUACCAACUGGAAGAACUGAAAGUACAAGAGCUGGAAAGUCUCCACUAGAUACUAUAAAUUUUUCCAAAGGAGACAGCGAUGAAUUUCCACUCUCUUCACUUCCUGAGGGUAUUGACCAAGAAGUCUUUAAGCAGCUUCCAGUAGAUAUUCAAGAAGAAAUCCUUUCUGGAAAAUCUAGAGAAAAGGUUCAAGGGAAAGGAAGUUUGAGUUGUCCAUUACGUGCCUCCAGAGGAAUAUUAUCUUUCUUUUCUACAAAACAAAUCCAAGAAAGUCCAUUAAAUCCUAGCGAUCAUUUAUCUAAUAGCAAACAGAUGCUCUCUGUAUCUCCCUGUGAACCAGGAACCUCAGGCUUAAAUAGCAGUAGUUCCUCUCAUCUGUCUAGCCAAAAGAAUUAUUCACAUUCUCUAGACAGUAGAUUAAAAGUUGAAGGAUUGGAUCAAGGACCUAAAGAAUCUCAAGGAUUCUGCUUUCCAAAUACAAACCCCACAGUAUCUAUUUUCCAUUCACUUCCAAAUUCACAGAGUGAGCAACUUUUCUCCAAAAACCUCACUACAGAUAGCCAUAAGCUACCGACAGCAACAGUGCCUCAUCAUGAAGGACUUGCAGAAAAUAGAGAGCAAAGUUCUUCAGCUGAGAAAGUUACUUUUCCUUCUGACGUUGACCCUGAAGUUUUCUACGAACUCCCAGAAGAGGUACAAAAAGAGCUGGUGGCUGACUGGAAGAGAAGAGGAUCGGAGUUCCACAAUGUACAUAAAUAGGCAUGCUGAGGAAAAAAGGUCUAAAAAGCAAGGGAAAGACGUUAAAGCUCAUCUGAAUUAAACACUAAUAGAUAUUUAAUAAUGUAGCAAUCCAAUAUAAAAUGUUCCAAAUAAAGCAAGAAUACCUAUGGGAAGUAAAUUGUGGCACAAAGUAUAAAAAUUUAUAACAGAAGAAGUAAUGUGUAACAUUACCUUCCUCUUAUUUUUAAAACUAUUUUAUAUUGCUUUUCAAUAAAAAAUACUUUGGUAAGCAUUGGUACAUUUCUCAUAUAUUGAGAGGAAAGGUAUAUAUGCCAGCAUAUAAGAAAUAGAUUGACCAAAUCAUUGCUAUGCUAUAGCAAAGAACUUUUUUUUUCCUGUGAAAAUUGAGCCCAUUAUGAAAUAGCUGAAUAGUCCUGGCUGGUUUGGCUCAUUGGAUUGAGUGCCAACCCAAGAAUCAAAAGGUGGCAGGUUCGAUUCCCAGUCGGCACAUGCCUGGGUUGCAGGCCAGGUCCCAGCAGGGGGCAUGUGAGAGGCAACCAAUGAAUGAUGAAUGUUUCUCUUGAAGAUCCAUGUUUCUCUCCCUCUUUCUCCCUCCCCCCUCUCCAAAAAUAAAUGAAUAAAACCUUUUUUAAAAAAAAGAAACAGCCAGAUAAGUUCUAUGACCGACUUACUGAUUAAAAAAUGUAGAUAGCUUCAAAGUACUGUGUACCAUUAAGUUAAUUUAAAAAAUUACCAAAGUGAUGCAUAUUCAGUUAAUGUCUCUUAUUACACCUAGCACCUACCAUCAUGGCUGGCACACAGAGGGCACUCAGUAACUACUGAGUAAAUGAAUUGCGUGGCAGGGAGUGUAUUUACAUGUCAUGGAGAAGGAGAAGGAACCUUCCAUGCAGGUAGAUUAAGGGAAGGAUGGACACCUGAAGUGCAAAGUGGAGGAUCUAGAAGAGUUCUAGAUAGUGGAAGAAGUCCAUUUCCUUCUGGCCAGUCUGUGAGAUCUAAGAACUGGAUUACAUGUUUUUGCAUCUUCCCAAAUUUGGGAGGUGAGAUUCAGAAUGUCACACAACAAAUACACAGUUACUAAAUUGAUGGAUGUCCUUUUUCUCCCAUUGUUACUGCCUUCACCUUUUGCCUGCCAGAUCAAAAGUUAGAUAUAAGAUUGUGGACAUCUUGUGAUUGUAAGACAUAAAGAAUGUUUCCAGAACACACCCAAGCAUUAUGUAGCACUGUUUGGAGGAGUCCUGUUUAUAACAUUUGCAUGUAUAAUUUAAAGACAAAAAUAAAGUACACAAAUGUGAAUAAAGACUAGCCUAAAAGUACUUUCUUCUAGGUAAGGAGUUUGAACUUCAUUUCAGGUUUUUUGAAAUUUGAAAAUCCCCUAACCACCAAGGAUCUUUAACAGGGAGUUUGAGGUUAUCCAAAACAGUAACUUGUAGCAAGAACAUCAGAAGUUACUCAACCAUGCAGAUAUUUAGUGCUGUGGAUCAAGGACUAGAGAAGUUUCUACAUGUAGUAUUCUGAUAAGGUGGUUAAACCCAUAAAAGGAGUUCAUCACUUUUUUAGAUAAUUCAUUUUUUAAAAUUAUCCAAUAAUCCUUACAAUUAUUUCAGCCAGAAAUCAGUAUAUGACUAUUGUUUAU